GGUCCUUGAAAACUUUGGUGUUUUCAGUAAUAUUCUUUAUUCUUUGCCAAAUCGUGUCUUUAUGGUGUCCCAGUACAGUCAAAAUCACGUAUCUAGUUAAUGACUGCGAAAUUUCUAUUAUCAUACAGACCUCAAAUAAUGUGUCAUGACAUCUGAUAACACAUCUUGCACAAGUACCUCUCCUGUAUCAAGCAAUACUAAAUGGACAUUUGGAUGGAAACGGAAGAUUGGAGAAACAGUAUCCAAACAAAAAUCGAAAGCAUUUGAAAACGAUGCUAAGGAAGAAGGUGACAUUGAGGUAGAAAGUGGGGAGAUUGACUGGAUCUCUUUGAUGCCCAAAAGGAAAGUUAUAAGCAUUGAAGAUGCUGUCGUGAAGUCUAAUCGAUUAAAGAAGGAAGGAGCUACUUUAGCUGAGAAUGAAAGAUUUUGGGAGGCCAUAAAGAAGUGGGAUGAAGCAUUGACAUUUACACCAGAUGAUGAGACAUUGCAUGAAAUGAAGUCACAGUCAUAUCUGGCAUUGUGUGAAGUGUUCCCCGCUGUACAUUCGGCAGAGCAUGCAAUACGACUUAAGCCAACAUGGUGGGUGGGACAGCAGAGCCUUGGUAGGGGUUAUCUAGGUCUGGGGGAGGUGCAAAUGGCUAUCACAUGUUUCACUAAAGCAAUACACCUUGACCCAUCUCAGAUUGAACUCUGGGAGGAAGACUUAAAGUGGGCGUGUUCAUUAUGGGAGAAAAAACUGCAGGCAGAAAAGGAGCUCUCUAAUGUGAAGGAACAAUCAGAUAAAGCUAAAAUAAAGGAGAUUGAAGAGCACAAAGAGGAAAGUGAGGGUCUUCAAAUUGAAAAAUAUCAAAAACCUGAUACUGAACAUUUACUUGAUACAGCAGAUACAACUGAAGCUAAUGAUCAUAGAACUAUAGAGAGUCCUCCAGAAAAUUAUGUAAAAAUGAAAUUCUAAAUCAUAUAUUCACCUUAUAUAUGGCUCCUAUAUGUAGUUAAAUUAUUAUGACAGUAUGUACAGUCUAACAUAGUAUAGAGGAGAAGCCUUCCUAAGUUUUCAAGCUUCAGGUCACUCCUCUUUAAAUAAAUACAUUUUUACAAAAGAUUGUUGUAUAGAAUUUAACUUUAAAAACUCUCUUUAAGUGUUUCUGUCCAGUUGUGGAAAAAAUUUAGUUCCAAAAAAUGAAUUUCAAUAUGUUUUUACAUCCAAAUCAGAAUGUUGAUUUGCAUACCCUUUUUAUAAGCACAAGAGAUACUCGAGAAACAUAUUAGCAGAAAAAUCACCAAUGAUACUUCUUCCACAACAGUUGUGUCAAAUUCCCAGUUAUUAUGUGA